AAACGAAAAAGAAAAAGAAAGGAUAUCUGCCCCUUGUUCACCAGGCUGUUUCAGUGUGAGGUUAUUCGAGCUCCUGUUCGAAAAGCCUGAAACUUCAAGGAAAAAUGGCACCGAAUUUACAGGCUUUUGAGCUUCUCCUGUACUUUUUUCCACAUCUAGGAUUCUGAAUCUCUUUGUACAUUUUCCGUUUUUUUUUUUUUUGAGCUGAUUAGCCGUGACUUUGAAGCUUGUGGCCACCGUUCCAAGAAGGCGGAACCCUUACUCUGGUAUUCUGCACUGUGAUGUUGUUCUUAUUUGGCUAUUGAGGCGCAAUUGCAGAGAGAGAAAAUGUUUGGCUUUUCUCGUCGGCGAAUGAAACUUGGAAGGCUCAAAGUUCAGCUAACAGAUUCAGCGCAAGGAAUAAGGAGUCCGAUAAGACAUCCUAAGCGCCACAGCCAUUCCAAUGGAGAAGGUGUGGUAUCAACUGGUAAUCACCUCAUAGAAGCGAGAUCUGAUGCUCCAAAUAGCCAGUCUUCAUCUAUUGGUCAUGAUGUUAGUGAUAGUGGAUCUGGUAACACUGAGAAUUGGAUCCCGCUGUCUACCCUUGGGCAAAAACCUGAACCACGCGCCAAUCAUGCAGCAACUGUGAUUGGGUGCAAAAUGCUGGUAAUUGGUGGGGAAUGCGGAGGAAAAUUAUUGGAUGAUGUACAGGUUUUGGAUUUUAGCAAGCUCACAUGGGCAGCAGCAAAGACAGCUUCAAAAGUCUACUUGUCCCAAACAGAUGUCAUGUCAAGGGUUCCUCCAUGCAAAGGCCAUAGUCUGGUAUCCUGGGGAAAGACUGUGUUUCUGAUUGGAGGAAAAAUGGAUCCGUCAUGUGAUAGGGUCUCAGUCUGGGCUUUUGAUGUAGACGCUGAAUACUGGUCCCACAUUGACGCAAAAGGAGACAUCCCGGUUGCCCGUAGUGCUCACACUGUGACCAGAGCAGGUUCAGUCUUGAUCAUGUUCGGUGGUGAAGAUGCUAAAGGCAGAAAACUAAAUGAUCUUAAUAUGUUUGAUCUCAAGUCUCAAAUGUGGCUUCCUCUUCAGUAUACAGGGACAAAGCCAUCUCCUAGAUCCAACCAUGUCGCUGCUCUAUAUGAAGAUAAACUACUACUUGUAUUUGGAGGGACAUCAAAAUCUAGGGUUCUGAAUGACUUAUAUUUGCUGGACUUUGAAACAAUGAUUUGGUCACGAAUUAAAACUCGUGGCUUGAAUCCAUCUCCUAGAUCAGGUUGCUGUGGAAUAUUAUGUGGUGCUAAGUGGUAUAUCACAGGAGGUGAAAGCAGGAAGAAGAGACACAAUGAGACAUUGGUCUAUGAUGUUUUGAAACAUGAGUGGUCCCUGGCUGUUGUAUCAACUUCUUCUUCCAUAACUACUAACAAAGGGUUUAGUAUGGUACUAGUGCGGCAGAGGGAAGAUGUCUUCCUUGUUGCAUUUGGUGGCAGCAAGAAGGAACCAUCGAAUCAGGUUGAGAGUUUACUUAUUGCACACAAUGAGCAGUCUACAUGCCAGUAUUCAGCUCCUGAAAAAGAUCCGCCACAAAUAGCAGAAUGUUCAACUAUUUUUUCAGAGUUGACCAAUCCACAUAAUGCCAGUGCUCCUUCCCUUGCUGCUGCCACUGCUGCUAAACCAAAUUUUUUGUCGAUAUUGGAGCACCAUUUUUCUGGUCGUAGAUCUCAGUCAGAAUCAAAUUCCACAAAUAUAGAUACAGUAUCCGGUAAUGUCUCUCUCCGGAAGCAACAUCAUGAGGAAGAUCACAACUCGGUGUUGCAAAUUCAGAGGAAUCACACUGACACGGUCUAUGGGGAACCGGAUGAUCUGAUAACACGAACUGCAACCCUCUCUCAGAAAAACAAAUCCUUGGACCAGGGGGUUCAGGUGGACAUUGCUAGAGCUGCCUCUAAUUCUGAAGCUGAGAUGCUUGGAAUAUUAGAACCUGAGAAUCCCAGAAACCUGAAAAUCACUGGAAAUUUACAGUCAGAUAAUGGUGAUUCUUCGAAUAUCUUGGAUAUAGAUGGUAAAGUGAUUGCGCCUGCAAAUUCCCACCAAGAGUAUGAAAUCAAGGUUGCUGCUUUGCAGAAAAAGAAUGGCGUGCUUGAGGGGCAACUCUCUGCUGCAUUGGCAGGCAGAGAAGCCAUUGCGAAGAACUUGUCAGCUGUUCUAAAGAGUCGACAAGAUAUUGAGAAAAAGUUGAGUGAAUCAUUAAAGGAGAUGGAGGUGCUUAGCGAGAAGUUAGCAGCUGCUGAAUUGGCACAAGAAGAAGCAAACAGCCUCUCAAACAUUGUUCACUCGGACAAUGUACGGCUUGAGCAUGAUGUCGCAUUUCUCAAGGCAGUUCUUGAUGACACUCAAAAGGAGCUGCAAUCAACCAGAGGAGUGCUUGCCGGAGAAAGGGCGAGAGCAUUCCAGCUUCAGGUGGAGGUUUUUCAUCUUAAACAAAGGUUACAAUCAGUUGAGAACAGGGCACCUACCCCGAGGAAGCCAUACCACAUUUAACGAUCUCAAUUUUUUUGUUCUUGAUGUAUUUGCAGUACCACUUUCAUGGUUCUAUAAAAGCCAGAAUCUCUCUCUC